GGAUUGGAGCAGAGGCAUCACGCUGACCUCGGCCUGGGAUGUAAACCCCGCGCCGGCCUCUGCGGGCAGAGGAAGGCUGAGGGCUUCUCGGAGAGAGCCAGCCCAUCCCGGCUCCGAGCCGUGGCCUAGAUCUCGGCGGCGCCCAGCGGCAGGAGGAGCCGGGCGCGGGCGGGGCGCACGUCGGCUCCCGGGCGGUGCGAGCCAUGGCCGGGGACAGCGAGCAGACCCUGCAGAGCCACCCGCAGCCCCACGGCGGCGAGCCCUUCCUGAUCGGCGUCAGCGGGGGCACAGCCAGCGGCAAGUCUUCUGUUUGUGCUAAGAUUGUGCAGCUCCUGGGGCAGAACGAGGUGGACUAUCACCAGAAGCAGGUGGUCAUCCUAAGCCAGGAUAGCUUCUACCGAGUCCUCACCUCAGAGCAGAAGGCCAAGGCCCUGAAGGGCCAGUUCAACUUUGAUCACCCGGAUGCCUUUGACAAUGAACUCAUCUUCAAAACACUGAAAGAAAUCACCGAAGGGAAAACAGUCCACAUCCCUGUGUACGACUUUGUCUCCCAUUCACGGAAAGAGGAGACGGUCACUGUGUACCCCGCAGAUGUGGUGCUCUUCGAGGGGAUCCUGGCCUUCUACUCCCAGGAGGUCCGAGACCUGUUCCAGAUGAAGCUCUUCGUGGAUACAGAUGCAGACACCCGGCUGUCCCGAAGAGUUUUAAGGGACAUCAGUGAAAGAGGGCGUGACCUGGAGCAGAUUUUAUCGCAGUACAUUACAUUUGUCAAGCCUGCCUUUGAGGAAUUCUGCUUGCCAACAAAGAAGUACGCCGACGUGAUCAUUCCUAGAGGUGCAGAUAAUCUCGUGGCCAUCAACCUCAUUGUGCAGCACAUCCAGGACAUCCUCAACGGAGGGCUGUCCAAGCGGCAGACCAAUGGCUGUCUCAAUGGCUACACACCUUCGCGCAAGAGGCAGACGUCGGAGUCCCACAGCCGGCCGCACUGACCCGCUGGCUUGCACCCUGUGCAUACGGUCUCCCAAGACGUGACUGUACUUAAGAAUUAACACCACACAGAUGACAUGCCUUGGGUUUUCCCCUUUAUUCCUUUUUGUACUUUGGAACGGCAAAAUCAAGCAGAACUUGACCUUGAGCUUAAAUGACAAACUCUGCCAACUACUACUGGUGAUGCCUGAUUGAGUCCAACAUGUAACCAGUUAUAAAUACAUACUAUAUAUAGAUAUAUAUAAAAGGAUCUAUUUUUGUGUAAAUGUACAAAUACUGUAAAGCUAUUUGCCAUAAGUAUUUUGCAGGGCCUAUGCUUGAGUGUUGGGGCCUGGCCCAAGAGUGACAUUGAGGGGAUCUGGGGAUUUGUCCAGGGAGCGGAGGGCAGCUGUGGAUCUCCCCUUGCCCUUGGCGCUGGCAGAGCUGAUGGUGUUGUUUGGAAACUCCCAACGGCUGCCCGGUCCCACCCGUCUCCUUGCAGUUGGUGCUUGAUGUGUUGAUGAGGGACGCUCCUGUCUUUUUUUUUUUUUUUUUGGGUUGAAAUUCAAUAAGAUCUCAACUCAAUUCAAACUCAGGGAAGAGGCCCACCAAGGAGAGCAAGUCUUCUGCAUUCCUCCCUGCGGCUCCCUCACCCAGCCUCUCUGCCUCUCCUUCCCUGGCCAGGCUUUUUCAGGAAGAACUGGGGAGGCGAGAGUGGAACCAGGCCCGCUCAGAUGUCCUCUCACCUCCCAGGGAAGUAACUGAUCACAUUCUUUGGAUGCUCUCUGUCUUGUGGGAUACAGAACGGACCCUUGCAGUCCGGGCUUUGAUUGGGGACAUCCGGUAAAGGAACUCUGGCCAUAUGAGCGGCAGUAGCUCUUAUUCCCUGGACCCAUGGACCCUCAGUGGCACGUGCCUUUCACCAGGGAUUCUCAAGUCACCACAGGGCAGGGGGAUUGACUUCAUCAUAGCAUCGCCAUGCGAAUGUGGCCACUGCCAGGUGGGAGGAGCCUGGGGAGAACAAAACCUUUCUCAAAAGUAUUUAAAGCCUGAGUGCCUAAGCAGAGGUUGUCCUGUCAAUGGAGACCGUCCUAGUGCGUGGUAGCCCACGGCCAUUGUCACUCCCUGUGGCUGUUGUUGCCUGCCACCCUCUGGAGAGCCUUCUCCCCGUGAGGCUCUUGAGCCCACCGAAGCCGUGCAGGUCACUGUGACUCCAUUACUGUCCAGUCACACUGAGCUGAGCCCCCCACCCCCCACCCCCGCCCCGUACACCAUGCAGUUUGAUUCCUCUUUUCUGGAUUCAGGUUGUCUCCAGAUCUGUUUUGCUAUUUUGGUAAAGUCAACCCUAGUCCUCAGCAGAGCUUUGCUGCCCCAGCCCUCAGGAGGCCGUGUGGCAGGGCCUGGUGGCCAUUCCUGGGGACAGGAGGGCAGCCGGUGCUCACCACAGUCCCCAGUCGUGCUGUGCACAGUUCUGAGGUGAGGGGGCAUGAGGCCUGGAUUAGGACCCUGAGGGCACAGGGCCCUGGCCUCCCUGGGCUCUCUGUGCUGGGGGACACCUGCCUCAGUCUGGGGGUGCCUUGGCCUUUAGUGGGUCACAUGCUCAACUUUACUUGAAGCUCCCAGGUGCCAAACCAUUUAGUGCCUUGGCUGCCUGUCCCACUGCCUUAGAAGAGGGAUUCUUCUCAUCUCCGAGCCUUGACCCGCUGAGCCGCUUCCUCAUUUAUCUACCUGUGGUGUUGGGACCAAGGCCCCAGGAUCCCCGAGGAGACCCCUCCUAGCUUGGGACGCAGCUUGAAGGUGCCCCUGUCCCCGCCACGUUGUGAAAUGACCACCAGUUCUUGGUGGCUCAGCUGGGCACUGUGACACUGCAUCUGGAGAGGUAUGAGGAGCUCUUCCCCUCUGGGGCAACCCAGCAUUUUAGCCACUUGUGUAUCUGCACUCGAGCUUUCUCUAGGACAGAUUGUGGUCGGAGUCUUGGGUGUCUCUGGACCUGUGUUGGCACUAGAGUCGGGUAAAAUGGUUAGACUGGAACCUGUGGCUUUUGUUGUGGGGGUACUCUGCCACACAGGGAGGAGGCACCAAUGUGCAGAGCGGGGCAUUGUUGGUCGCACGUGUGUGGAGCCCUUGGCUUCACAGUCACCAAUGCUGUUUGCUCCCCAGUCCAUGGACCAGGUGUCCAGGGGACAGAUACCCACUCCUGGGUCACAGCAGGGCCUGGCCUCACACUCCGUCAUGCUGCUCCUCCUUCUGCUGGCCUGAGUUUCUCAUUCUUGGGCAGCCUGGGACUAGGAUGAGCAAAGACAGAUUUGAGAAGGGUACAAACAUUGUGAACUCAGUGUCCUUUGGAGUGGACAGGGUCCGGAGGCAGCAGGGCCUGCAGAAGAGGGUGGGGGAGGGAGGGUCUCCAGUGCACAGGUGCAGGGAAGUUGGCUCCUCCUCUCCCACCCUUGAAAUUGGAUCCUUGUCAUCAUGCCCAGGGCAGAUGCCAGGUUCUGGAGGCCACUGGAUCAGGCUGAAGCCUUGCAUGAUCCCCAAGCAGUUGGAAGUGGGGAGACCUGGAGCCUGGCUGGUUGUGUGUUAGCUCCAUUCCUGCCCUCCCACAGCCUCCUUGAUAUAGCAACUUUGACCUGGGCUAGUGCCCAAGACCUUUGGAGGGAAGUUGGCUUUUGCAGGGAGCUGUUCUCCACCACUGUAGAGUUUGUGGCUGUCAGGGAUCCCAGCACCAAGGGAUGGGCUGGUGCAGGCGGGAAGCUAGGGCUGGUCCCAGGGUGUAGGAUGGUGCUUCCAGGAGGAGGCAGCUGACUGUUGUCUUCCUGGCCCUUGGAGUGGAGUGAGGGGAAAAAUUUGGGAUGCCAGACAAAACCAGAUUGGGAAAGGCUCGGAUGGGAUGCAUCUGGGGCCUUUCUGCCUUGGGGCUUCUGCUGUCCUCUGUGUCCCAGGUGCAGGUGACAGGUGUGACAGACCAGCUGUGUUACUCUUCCGUGGCAGUGAAGAUUGAGAUGAGCGGCCGAAUAGAUUUGGGCUUUUCCUUCCCUUUAAGAUGCUUGCACUCCCCCUUUUUUUCCUGUUGCAAAAAUGACCACAUAUGAUGUACCUUGCUGUAAAUAAAGACUGAACAGAAAAGA